AUGGGCGACGCCUCAGAGAUCUAUCCCCUUGCCAGGGACAGCACAGAGUCGAGCCGAUUGAACGAACAACAUAACUUCAUCGUUCAAGCCGUCGACGGCCUAUUUGAUUCCUCUCUUCCUCUCGAGAAUAUCUCAGCGGUAGCUGACGUUGGAACGGGGACUGGAAUCUGGCUCCUGCAAGCGCGCGACUUCCUGGACUCCAAGUUCCCCGGUACCGAGGAAAACAGGACCUUUCACGGCUUCGACAUCUCCUCUGAGCAGUUUCCGCAGUCCACGCCAGACAAUGUAUCUUUCUCAUUACACAAUGUCUUGAAGCCUUUCCCGCCGGAGUAUCAUGGGAAGUAUGACCUCGUGUAUGUUAGGCUGCUUGUGGCCGCGGUUCCGGAAAGCGAGUAUGAGAUUGCCGUGAGGAACUUGGUCGAGAUUCUGAAGCCCGGCGGCUACAUCCAAUGGACAGAUAUAAACUCCGCUUUCCUCUCGUCGCCCACCAACGACAACCUAACAGAUCCGCGCUGCUCAUUUUUCGUAUCCACGUGGCUGGAUUUUUUAAAGACCCAGAGUCUAGCCAUCGACGCCCCCGCAUCUCUCGCAGAGUCGUUCAAGCGAGUCGGUUUGAGUGACGUUAGGAACAUCGGGUAUGCACAGCAUGAUCGCGGCGAGCGGUUCAAGAUCCGCGCGCAGAAGUGGCAGGCUCAGUCUUUGGAGGCAGUCGUUAGGAGGCUAGUGAGUAGGAAUGGAGAGGCAGACGUGAAGAGGAAUAUCAAUGAGGAGAUUAAGAAUUUGUGGGAGUAUUUUGGAGAGGACGGUGGGAGGGUUCUGGCACUAAGGCUUGGGGUUGUUGUUGGGAGGAAGGCUGCUUAG